AUGUCUAUCCGAAAGGAUAAGUCAGUAAAUAGUUUGAAAGCUGUCGAAGAUUGUCUAGCCGAACUGUCCACUGCAGAUGAAAGUAUUGUUCGAGAAGCACUGUCAGCCGGCCAUGAUCUUAGCAACUUUUCCGUUCAAGUGAACGAGGAGCUCACUGAAGCACACCGAAUAGCUGUGAAAGAAUGUAUUCAGAAUGCUGAUAAACUGACAGAUCUCCACAACCAAAUACUUGCUUGUGAUCAAGUCUUUGAGCGUUUGGAGAAAAUGCUGCUUGGUUUCCAAGGCGACCUUGGCACUAUCAGUGAAGAUAUGAAACGGUUGCAAGAGCAGUCCGUUUCGAUAAACCAGGAACUGGAGAAUAGGCAAAGAGUUAUAAUGGAAACUGAUGUAAAUGAUCGUGCUUUUCUUGAGCAGUUGCACGAAUUACAGCAUAAGAUCAACUUCAUCAAGGCUCAAGAGUCCAAGGAUGCGCGUUCUGUUUACGAUGUGCUAGGGGUUCUAGAAAGCCUGAAAUUCAAGGCUAUCGAAAAAAUAAGAGAGUGGAUCCUCUCGAAAGUCUACAUGUUUCGCAAGCCUUUAUCCAAUUACCAAGUUCCACAACAUCAGCUUCUGAAGUCGCGAUUCUUUUACGAGUUCCUCGCCGCAAAUGAGAGCAACAUAGCUCAAGAGGUGCAAGAUGAAUACGUUGAUACAGUCAGCAAAAUGUUUUUCUCCUACUUCAAAGCCUACGUCACACGUUUGUUCAAAUUAUUGAUGCUGGACGCCGCUUCCAAAGAUGAUUUAUUAGGUGCUGAGGAUGUGGUGAAAUCUGGAGGUAUCUCUGGCUUAUUUGCAGGAAAGCCUCAUCAUCGAAAUAGGGCAACGGUGUUUUCAUUGGGUUCUCGACAAGAGAUACUAACACACGAUUUCCUUAAUCCUCUUAUUGUUCCUCAUGCUGCCCAAGAAGCUAAUCAGAAGUUCCAAUUCGAAGCUUUGUUCCGCUCAAUUCAUCUUGCUUUCGUGGAUCACUGUAGCCAUGAGUUUUUGUUUCUGACCGAUUUUUUCAUGGUAUCAGGCCAAACAGCAAUUGAUCUACAUGCGAAGGUUAUGGGACGUGCGAUGGCUCAUUUGGUUCGAGCGUUCGAUGAGAGGAUUGCGGUUAAUUUCGACUGCAUUAGCCUUCAUCUGUGCAUUUGUCUAUGUGACAAGUUUCACCGGUUAUUGACCGAAAGAGAAAUCCCGUCAAUGAGCGGAUACUGGGAAGCAAUAUCAAAUCAGCUGUGGACCAGGCUAGCGCAAGUAAUGCAGAUGCAUAAUGAUAGUGUAAAGGCCCUUGAUGUUAAACGUAUGCAAACACCGAUCGAUACGAGACCACACUAUAUUGUGAGGCGAUAUGCUGAGUUGACGUGCGCUUUCCUCGUUGUUACAGAAUCGAGUGGACGAGAGUUGGGAAAGAAAAUGGAAGCCAUCCUUGAGUCGUGUGAGGACGCUGUCGAACAACUUCUUCUCCGAAUGUCCUCCUGCCUACCGAAUACUAGAGAUCGGCUAGUCUUCCUUAUCAUAAUUACGACCUGA